AUGGCGGACCAUCAACAGCCUGCCGCCGCCGCCGUCGCCGCGGCCGCACCGCCACCUGACGCGGACGAAAUCUCCACCGACGCAGCGAGCGACGCCAGCAGCAGCAAAAACUUUGCAACCGCUCUGCUCACCACCAGCCAAGACCCCACCUCUUCCGACUCUCGCUUCACCACCGGUCGCUACGAGCUUUGGGCAUUCUACGUCUACUACAUCGGCAACUCCGGUCUGGGUCCGUUCAACUUUGCCCCCUCUCAAUUUCAGAAUCUGCUGGCGCAGCAGGCGACCAACCUUGGCGCGGGACAGUGCGGCAAUGACGGACAGCCCGACUGUCGGCUCCUGUUUGCAGGCAAGGAGAGGACGGUGGAGAGCAUCGUGCUGCUGAGCAAUGGUAUCUCGUUUGCGAUCCAGGCGGUGCUGUUCUUGGCGAUUGGAAGCUUUGCUGAUUACGGCAAGAACAGGCCGUACAUCUUGAUUGUGUGCACGGUCGUUGCUAUUGCCGUCAGCUUUGCUUGGCUGGGAGUUACAAGACCGGAACAGUGGCAGGUGGGAACGGGGCUUUACAUGGUUGGAUUGAUCACGUAUCAGCUUUGCCUGAGUUAUUGGACGGCUGCUUUCCCGGGGCUGGCAAGAGACCUUCCACACAUGCGCGAGGCGCGUCACAAACUUGUCGACGACGCAAACGUUUCGACGACGAACCAAGCCAAGGACGUUGACGACAAGGUCGCAACACCAGCCGUGGAACAACCGAUGGCGGAGGACCGCAUGACAGCCGACAAAUACAGCCUGCUAGAGACCAUGUCCAUCAACCGGAUCUCCAACAUUGCCUUCACCGUCUGCUCUGUCGGAGAACUUGUUGUGCUCGCCGUCAUCCAAGGCAUGCUCUACGGCAUCCAUGCCGACCGAGACACGCAGUCCAACACCACUGCGCUCUCCGCCGUUGUAGCGUUCAGCGCAGGCGUCUGGGUCCUCUGCGCCAUCCCCUGGUUCGUCAUGGAAAAGCGUCGUCCAGGCCAACCCCUACCUCCCGGCACAAACUACCUCACCGCGGCGGUCAAACAAGCCGUCCUCGCAGCCAAACACCUGCGUCGCCUCAAACAGACGCUCAUCUACCUCGUCUUCUACUUCCUCUUCUCCGACGCACUCAAUACCUCCGUCACGGUCAUUUCGACCAUCCAAAAUCAGGUGGUCAGCUUCAGCACCACAGAGCUCAACCUGUUGCUGAUCGUCGGAAUCGCAGCUCAGGCUGUAGGCAUCUACGUGUUCUGGAUGAUCCAGAAGCGAUGGCAGCUGUCGACGCUCUACAUGUUCUGCUGGGUCGUCUUUUUCACCAUCCUUUUGGAGGGAUGGGGUUUCAUCGGAAUCUUUACGCAGCGAUUUGGGUUUCAUCACGAAUGGGAGGUGUACGUCUACCAGGCAUACUACGGCCUGUUCGUGUGCCCCUGGUACGCUGUCUCGCAGACCAUGAUUGCGGAAGUCACACCCAAGGGAUCCGAAUUCCUCUUCUUCUCGCUCUUCUCCAUCAUCGGCAAAACUUCGGCUUUCAUCGGUCCCUUCGUGACGCAGGCCAUCGCGGACGAUACGGGCAACGCCUCGACACCGUUCUACUUCUUGUUGGCAUUGUCGUUGGCGAGCUGUGUGCUGCUCUGGCCGUUGGACAUCAAGAAGAGCAAGAUCGAACAGGCUAGGUUCAUCGAGUUUGAGACGAGGGAUAAGAAGUUGGCCAUCGUCAACCUUCUGGUCAUCAUCCCACCGUCAUACCUGUACACCAAGAUCAUCUCGGGUCUCCACUUCGCCGAGCCGUCGCAUCCGUAG